AUUUCUGAUCCCUUUUCUAAUUAUCAUGAAAAAUGCCUAUAAUCCAAUACAACCAAGAAAAAAUCUAUAGAAUUCAAAUCUAAAGGAGAGGGAAUUGUUUGAAAAGUUUAAGAACGAUAAAACAAUACCCACUAAAAUACACUAUUAAGGCAUUCCCACUUUUAGUGCUUUUAAAACUAGGCAGAAAAUCGAAACAAAGAAUUAGUAUGUAAAUGAAUCUCAGAAACGCAGAAUAAAAUCUGAGCAGUUUUCGAUUCUAAAGUCAAUACAAGAAACUCUAAAUGGAGGGACUAAAUCAUUUCACAGAGUAAUAACUUAUGAAGAUGGAUAUUCUUAUUAAGGAGAAUACAGGGAAUCUAAAGAUGACAUUAUUCUCGAAGGAUAUGGAGUACUAAAAUAUCAGAACGACAUAAUUUAUUCAGGGUUCUUCAGAGAUAAUUAAUUCCAUGGAGAUGGCAUCUGUAAACAGGAUAAUAAGUUAUAUAAUCUCCUGGAUUGGAGGAAAACAGAUCAAGAAGAAAUAAGGGGAAUAUUUGAAAAUGGCAUAUUAAUAGGGGAAUAGCCUGGGUUUUAUUGA